UAGCUUCUUCUACUUCAACCCAUAUUAGGGUUUCUUCGCCCCUCCCUCGGAUUGAGAAGCAGUAGCAGGAACAGCGCAACAGCCGCAGCCGCCCGCUAGGAUUCCCCAAUGGCUUCGGAGAAGAAGUUAUCGAACCCCAUGAGGGACAUUAAGGUGCAGAAGCUCGUCCUCAAUAUCUCAGUCGGCGAGAGCGGAGAUCGGCUUACAAGAGCCGCAAAGGUGCUCGAGCAACUCAGUGGACAGAGCCCCGUGUUCUCCAAAGCGAGAUACACUGUACGAUCUUUUGGAAUCAGGCGUAAUGAGAAGAUUGCUUGCUAUGUCACCGUUAGAGGUGAGAAGGCGAUGCAGCUUUUGGAAAGUGGGCUGAAGGUUAAGGAGUACGAGUUGUUGCGAAGGAACUUCAGUGACACUGGAUGCUUUGGCUUUGGUAUUCAGGAGCACAUUGAUCUUGGAAUCAAGUAUGAUCCCUCCACCGGUAUCUAUGGUAUGGACUUCUUUGUUGUUUUGGAGCGACCGGGGUACCGUGUUGGCCGCCGUAGGAGGUGCAAGUCUCGCGUUGGGAUCCAGCACAGAGUCACAAAGGAGGAUGCCAUGAAGUGGUUCCAGGUGAAAUAUGAGGGUGUGAUUCUUAACAAGUCGCAGGCAAUCACUGGUUAAGCCCUAGAGGGAUUUCCCAAAUAGUUUGAGAGCUAUUUGUGUGCAAGUUAUAAAAUUUUGUGCUUUUGAAAUUAGCCUGACUGAAGCUCCUUGUUUUCUUUUCUUGAAUAUUUUUGGGGUUUAAUGGAGAUUAUUAGUUUCAAUUUGGACAACUUUUUUUAAGCCGUCGGUAGUCAUGUUUUAGUAAUUAUAUCCUUCAAUACUCUGAGAUAUCAAUCUUCUUCGUUCUUAUUCCUUAAAGCAUCAGCUUCAAGCACCGUUUGUCUGU